ACUUCAUUCAAGAAAAAAUACAAAAAAGAAAAAGGAGAAAAAUGCAGAGCUUUACUUCGCCUUCGCCUUCGCCUCCUCCUCCUCCAUAUCCGCAGCUCUCCAAAGCUUCCUUCACCCUUCAACCCAGCAAGCUGCUGCUCGCCUUCCGCCGCUCGCUCUCCUCCCCAUACCCCUCCUCCCUCGACCCCACAUACCCGGGGAAGCAGCGGCGCCGGCAGCUCAUCGUCACCCAGGACGGCCGGAAAGGCCACGCCGCCGAUGGGAGGGUCGAUGGCAGGGGGAAGAAGGAUAAUGUGUGGAGCAUCGAUAACGAGCUCGCCGAGAAGGAGAGGGAGAGGGAGAAGUCCAGGCAUCGGGGGAGGAGGAAAGGUCGCCGAGUCGUGCGGGGGAAGCGGGGAAUGGACGGUAGAGUCAUGGUGUCCGGUGCCAUGCUCAUGGAAGUCGAGUCUGUGCUACAAACUCAGGAGCCAGUGAUAAAACCAGCAUGGACCACAUUUGCAAGCAGCGUUAGUGGGAUUUGGAAGGGCGUCGGAGCAAUAUUUUCACCCAUCACUGCUGAAAUGGAGCCACUAGAAAUUGGAAAUAAGAAUGAGAGACUGUAUGACUGUUAUACCAUGUCUUGCUGUAAGGCUGUGUCAGACCCAUCAGAGGGAGGACUAGCAUCGCAGAUACACAGGAAGAUAAACUGGGUGACCCUAAAUCCUUAUGGUGAGAUAUCGCAGCAAAAUGGCACAAAUAAUAGCGGUGGUUAUAAGAAUGGAGGUGCAUCUUUGUCAAAGGGAAGGAUGAAGAGGGAAGGUGUAGGGAAAUCCACUCUUCCAAAAUUUGAUUCUUUUGACUUUGGAGUGAGUGACGUGAUGGAGGAGGAUGUCAUGGGCAAUGAGCCAGGCCUUGUUUUCUUUGAGGAUGGAUCUUACUCUAGGGGUCCAGUUGAUAUUCCAGUUGGGGAGACUGAUGAUUCCAAAUAUUAUGUAACGCCCACCUUGAAAUUUGAACAAUGUUUGGUUAAGGGCUGCCACAAGAGACUACGAAUAGUCCAUACUAUUGAAUUCAACAAUGGUGGUGCUGACAUUCAGAUAAUGAGAGUUGCAGUUUAUGAGGAGGAGUGGGUCAGUCCAUCAAAUCUUCAGGUCCAGAGUGCCUUGGGCAGCAAUCUCGAGUUCAAUGCAGAGCCAUUCUCACAACGGAAGAGGACGCAGCCGUCGGAUCUCAUCGGGUCUUGGAAGGUGUUUGAAGUGAGCACUACUCCCAUAUAUGGUGAGGACGAGACCGUGACUGAGGAACAGGCGAAUGGGACUCCGUACGUGUACCUCUGCACAGAGACCCUGAAGAAGAGGAGCCUUCCCGAGAAUCUAGUCUGUUUUGGGGAGGAGGAGAUGGUGGACAUGAGAGACGUGACCAUCCUGUGGCUGCCUGGAGGUGUCACGGGAUACGUAGACAUCAACAAAGAGGGAAUCCUCUGCGUCGGGGUGGGGUGGUACUCCGAGGAAGGGAUGAAUCUCGUAAUGGAGAGGGAUUACGGAUUGGACGGGAAGCUUAGGGAGGUGAGAUGGAAAACUGAGGUGAAGAGGAGGUGGUCCAAUCCAAUGUGAAUAAAACUGUAUUUCUUGUCUACGUUAUGUUAGUACAAAGUAAUCACUGAGAUUGUAUCUUAUUACGGAUUAGAGAGAUUUGCAGUGCCUUUGUUAUCAAGAAUUUCGUAGGUGAUCGUUCCCUGCGCAAUGUAAAUUAGGAACUGGACUACGUAAGGUGAUAACUUACUCAACAUAUGGAUGGUGAAUAAAAUGGAUUUUUUCCUGUCUAA